AUGUCUCGAGCACCACCUUCACAGGGAGGCUCGCGCAAGAUCAGCUUCAACGUAUCCGAACAGUACGACAUUCAAGAUGUGGUUGGAGAGGGCGCAUACGGAGUCGUCUGCUCGGCGCUUCACAAGCCGUCAGGACAAAAGGUCGCCAUCAAGAAGAUCACACCAUUCGACCACUCCAUGUUCUGCUUGCGGACACUCCGAGAGAUGAAGCUUUUGCGGUACUUCAACCACGAGAACAUCAUCUCGAUUCUCGACAUCCAGAAGCCUCGCAACUACGAUAGCUUCACCGAGGUCUACCUCAUCCAAGAGCUCAUGGAGACAGACAUGCAUCGUGUCAUUCGCACCCAGGAGCUGUCCGACGACCACUGCCAGUACUUCAUCUACCAGACUCUGCGUGCGCUCAAAGCCAUGCAUUCCGCGAACGUUCUCCACCGCGACCUGAAGCCAUCGAACCUCCUUCUCAACGCUAACUGUGAUCUGAAGGUGUGCGACUUUGGCCUCGCGCGUUCAGCAGCGAGCACGGAGGACAACCAAGGUUUCAUGACCGAAUACGUGGCGACUCGUUGGUACCGCGCACCCGAGAUCAUGCUCACGUUCAAGGAGUACACCAAGGCCAUUGACGUGUGGUCAGUCGGCUGCAUUCUGGCAGAGAUGCUCAGCGGCAAGCCUCUCUUCCCUGGCAAGGAUUACCAUCAUCAACUCACCCUCAUCCUCGAUGUUCUCGGCACCCCAACCAUGGAGGACUACUACGGCAUCAAGUCUCGUCGGGCUAGGGAGUACAUUCGGAGUCUGCCUUUCAAGAAGAAGAUUCCGUGGAAGGUCAUGUUCCCGAAGACCUCGGACUUGGCGCUCGACUUGCUCGAGCGACUUUUGGCUUUCAACCCGGUGAAGCGCAUCAGCGUUGAGGACGCUCUCAAGCACCCAUACCUCGAACCAUACCACGACCCAGAAGACGAGCCGACAGCGGAUCCAAUUCCGGAAGAGUUCUUCGAUUUCGACAAGAACAAGGACAACCUGUCCAAGGAGCAGCUGAAGAAACUGAUUUACAAUGAGAUAAUGCGGUGCAAUAAAUCUUUCCCUGGAUCUCCUGCGAAAUACCUCCGACCAAUCAGACACGACAGCGGCAUCAGCGGUGCUGCCGACGACGACUCAGCUUCUAAGAUGGAAUCAGCGAGUGGCCAAACUUCCAUUUCUGCAACCUCUGGCGACAUCCAGGUCUACCUCGAUUCGAACCCACUUCUCGAGAAGCGGCCUUUCACCUGCUAG